AGUCUCCGAAAAGAUCACAAAAGAAUACAUCAAACAACUUCUCUCCCCACAUCUCGAUUAUAUAAGAAGCAAAGCAACCCUUCCUAAACAAACCUAAAGAGUCAGCAAAAGAAAGAAGAAAAAAAGAACAUAUAGUUAAGUUAUGGAUGAAGAAAGCCAAAUCAACGAUCCACUGCCUAAAUACUUCACUCUCAGAUCGAAGCACAAUGAUGGUUUUCUUCGUUACAUUAACGCAGACGAUAAGACCAUGCAUGGGUUUCUCAAGUUCUCUGGAAGUCAUGUCGUGAACCCAUUCGCAAAGUUUGAAUUUGAAAAAGCUAAAGAGAAAUCUAACAAAGUCCUUGUUCAUAUCAGAUGUUGUUACAACAACAAAUAUUUGGUUCGUUGGUCAGAGAAAUCCAAGUACAUUGUCGCAACAGGGAACGAACUCAACGAAGACAAAACAAAAUUCUCAUCGACACUGUUCGAACUGAUCUACGUCCAAGAUCGAAACGCCUUCUGUAUCAAACACGUACAACUCAACCGUUACAUUCAGCUACGACGACACAGCACAAGCCAGUUCCAAGGCACUCUGUUCGCCGGCAGCACGGGAUUGGAAAACGACGAGACAGAUCUCUUAAAUAUAAUCGAUUGGUCCACCUUUUUCAUCCUACCAAAGCAUGUAGCAUUUAAAGGCGACAAUGGAAAAUAUCUGAGAGUCCGUUCUUCAGGGACCAAAUAUUUAGAGUUUUCAGGAUCCGAUGUGGGAGAUCCAAGAGUGGGAAACCAAAUCUUCACCACAUACGAUGGACAUAUAAUGAUUAAAAAUGAUAGCUUGGAAAAAUUUUGGAUUCGUGAUCCUAAUUGGAUACUUGGGGAAGGUAGUGAAAGCGAUUUCACUGAUCGGAAUGCUUUGUUUUGGCCUGUUCAGCUUGGCGAUGGCCAUGGCGUAGCGCUUCGAAACAGAGGAAAUAAUAGGUUUUGCAAGAGGCUGAGUACAGAGGGGAAGAAUAAUUGUUUGAAUGCUGAUGCGGAAAGCAUCAAUGCUGAAGCUAUGCUCCAGAUUGAAGAACUUGUCAUUUCUAGGACCAUUUAUGAUGUCAAUUUUCGAGUUUUAGAUGCUCGGUUCUACGACGAGACGCCCAUGACUAUGGUAUCUAGUGAGAUGGUGAACAAAAACAGCGAACCAGAGCUGCAAAGACUGAAGCUUCAGUAUGAGGAUACGAAGUCGUCGACAUGGACAAAUUCGGUGGGAAUGAAGUUAGGGAUGAAAAUGUCAAUUGAAUCAGGAUGUCCAGAGAUAUCAAGUCAAGAAAUAGAGAUAUCAGCUGAGUUCAAAGAGGAAUAUACAUGGGGUGAAACUAAAGAAACUAAGUCUACUAGGGAAGUUGAACACCAAGUCACAGUACCACCUUACACUAGAGUUAAAGCCAAAGUGUUAGCCACUAAAGGAUUUUGUGAUAUUCCAUAUUCAUACACUCAAAGAGACGUUCUAACCAAUGGCAAAGUUGAAAUUCAACAGUUUGAUGAUGGGAUUUAUACUGGAAGCAAUUGCUAUAACUACACCUUUUCCACAGAACAAGAAGAUCUCUGAUUCAAAACAAGAAGUAUUAACUAUUGAAAUUAUAAAAUUUAUCACAUGUACUAAAUAAUGCCUAGCAGCUGCUAUGUAUGUGUAUGCAGCUCUUUGGAAUUUGCUUUUGUGUUGUUUUUUUGCUUUGCAAUGUGUGUUUGUUGAUCAUCUAUAUUUUGAAGCCAAUAAAAUGUAAUCCAUGCAUGUUCUUAUUUCAAUUACUUUGGGCUUGUUUAGGGUUGAGAAGUGUACUUGAAUUCGUCCAAUUUUAUGAAAAGUAUUGUCUUAGACCAUUA